UGCAGCUGGUUCGACGGUUGGCUGGAGAUCCCUGGCGGUGGAUUUUCGUCUUUCUAUCGUCCCGGGAAACCCUGAGAAGCAGCCGCAGCGUUUAAUGAGCUCCAUUCAUCUGGACCAGCAUGACCGAGGCGUUUUUUCCCGUCUUGUAGACUGACGUAACAAUAUUACAAUGAAAGGAUGCAUUUUCUUGGGCUUUAUGAAAGUCUCGGCGCUCGUAUAGUCACCAGGGGGCAUGCACACGUCAAUGCAGCGCGGGAAACAUUUUAACAUCGUAACAUUGUAACGUCGGAUCGGGGGAACGUUCGAAUGGACGUAGGAGCAGCUCCGCGGCUCUUCAUAUCGCUGUAGUUUGUGUUACGGGAGGUUCCUGCUGCCCCCAUCCAUCUCUCCGGCUGUUGUUGUGAAUUGAUCUAACAUGGCGACUGUACCCGUCUAUUGCAUCUGCAGAUUACCUUACGACGUAACCCAGUUUAUGAUCGAAUGCGACGCCUGCAAAGACUGGUUUCACGGCAGCUGUGUGGGAGUGGAUGAAGAUGAAGCACCAGAUAUUGACAUCUAUCACUGUCCUAACUGUGAAAAGACCCACGGCAAAUCCACCUUGAAAAAGAAAAAGAGCUGGAAUAAGCAUGACACGGGGCAAAGUGGAGACGUCAGACCGGUUCAAAAUGGAAGUCAGGUGUUCAUAAAAGAGCUGCGCAGCAGGACAUUCCCCAGUUCAGAAGAUGUGGUGGUCAAGCUGUCUGGAAGUCAGAUGACGUUGGACUACCUUGAGGAGAAUGGAUUCAAUGAGCCAAUUCUCAUCCAGAAGAAAGAUGGGCUGGGGAUGGCUAUGCCCGCACCCACGUUCUACGUCAGUGAUGUGGAAAACUAUGUUGGACCUGAUGUUCUUGUGGAUGUUGUCGAUGUAACCAAACAGACACUGAGCAAGAUGAAGUUAAAAGAAUUUGUUGAUUAUUACUACAGCACAAACAGAAAGAAAGUAUUAAAUGUGAUCAACCUAGAGUUUUCAGACACAAGAAUGGCCAAUAUUGUUGAGAGUCCGCAAAUAGUUCGGAAGGUAUCCUGGGUGGAAAAUUACUGGCCUGACGAUGCAUUGUUGGGGAAGCCCAAAGUGUCCAAAUACUGUCUCAUAUGUGUGAAAGACAGCUACACAGACUUCCACAUCGAGUGUGGAGGUGCCUCUGUGUGGUAUCAUGUACUUAAGGGAGAGAAAAUCUUCUUUCUGAUCAAGCCCACUUCUGCCAACCUUUCUCUAUACGAGCGCUGGAGGUCCUCCUCCAACCACAGCGAGAUGUUUUUCGCUGACCAAGUGGACAAGUGUUAUAAAUGCACACUGAAACAAGGGCAAACUCUUUUCAUUCCAUCAGGUUGGAUUAAUGCAAUACUGACUCCUGUAGACUGCUUAGCCUUCUCUGGGCAUUUUGUCCACAGUCUGAGUGUGGAGAUGCAAAUGAGGGCAUAUGAGGUGGAAAAAAGACUCAAAGUUGCCAGCCUCACUCCAUUUCCAAACUUCGAAACAGCAUGUUGGUAUGUGGGGAAAUACUACCUGGAGAGGUUUAAAGGUUUACAUAAGGCAAACAAACAGCCACCUCCUUACUUGGUACACGGUGCCAAAAUUGUCAACGGAGCUUUCAGAUCGUGGACUAAAAAACAGGCUCUUUUAGAACAUGAGGAUGAGCUUCCAGAAAACAUGAAGCCAGCACAGCUCAUUAAAGACCUUGCCAAAGAGAUUCGGAUUUCAGAGAACGCAACAAAAGCCAUAAAGAAUGAACCUAGCAACUCGAAGCCCCCGGCAGAGGAACCCCCGUCUGCUCCAUCAGAACCAGAAGAGCCCAUGUCCCCUGCUCUCAUCUCCACCCCUCCAAGAGAUAAGCCAGCCAGGAAGAAAGCCACAAAGCCACCCAAAAUGCCCAAGGCACCCAAACCACCGAAGGAACCCAAAAUAAAAGAAGGUGGCAAAAAGAAAGCGAAGAAAGUGAAAGAUAGUAUUUUACCUGAGAAAAAGCCCUCCAGUCUGGCAGCUCUUGAAUCCCAUGCAAAGGACAUCCUGAACAAGAUGGACCAGCCCAAAAAACUGGUAAAGACUGGGAUGAGUAUUAUGGAGAGGGAGACGAGUAAACCGAAUGAUGUUGAUAAGUUUAAGAUGAUUCGAGAGCAUAAUAAGAACAAGACGGAGGCCAAAUGGAAAUAUAAGAACAGCAAACCCGAUUCGUUAUUGAAAAUGGAAGAAGAGCACAAAUUUGACAAAAGUCUACUCAGCCAUAAAGACAAUAAAUUUGCAUUUUCAUUGUCGAAUAAGAAGUUGUUGGGAUCAAAGAUGCUCAAGACCCAGACCAAUUCGAGUGUUUUUGGCUCAAUACAGAACAUUAAGGAAGAAAAACCCAAGCCUGUGAGAGACGAGUAUGAGUAUGUCUCUGAUGAGGGGGAGCUUAAGAUUGAUGAAUUCCCAAUCAGGAGGAAAAAGAACGCAGUCAAGAGAGACUUUUCCUUUUUAUCAAACAUCAAAGAGCCUAUUCAGCCAGCCAAAAAGCCAAAGCUACAACAGUCGGACACGAAGAAUCCAGAUUCAUCAGAUGAGGAAUCUCUCCACAUAGACACAGAGGCCAAGGCAGAGGUCAAAGGUCGUAACUCCAAGGUCUCUAAGAAUAAAGGAGGCAGUUCAGCUGGGAUUCUGGAUCUCCUGCAGGCCAGCAAACAAGUGGGCGGCAUUGACUACAGCAACAACAGUCAGCCACCUGCAUCCCCCAGCACACAGGAGGCCAUCCAGGGCAUGUUGUCCAUGGCUAACCUGCAGUCAUCAGACUCUUGUCUGCAAACGUCCUGGAGCAAUAGCCAAGCAAAGAACAACUCGCACAGCAGCACAGCCAACAAGAAGCAGAGCAGCGUGGCCGGAGCAGGAGGUAACAGCAAGCGACCGGCCAAACGCUUGCCCAAGAAGACGCAAAAGAGCAGCAGCAUGGAUAGUUUGGACAUGUUUUAUGAUGACCAGGACCACCUGGAAGCUUGCUUUAAGGAUUCUGAUUAUGUUUAUCCAUCUCUGGAGUCUGAGGAGGACAGUCCCAUUUUCAAAUCGAGAUCGAAAAAAAGGAAAAAUACAGAUGACACUCCAUAUAGUCCAACAGCACGAGUUGGGCCCACUGUACCACGACAGGAGAGACCAGCUCGGGAGGGGGCACGUGUAGCGUCCAUAGAGACAGGAUUGGCAGCUGCCGCGGCUAAAUUGUCUCAUCAGGAGGAGCAGAAGAUCAAGAAGAAGAAAAAGAGUACCAAAAAGAAGCCCAUAGCUGUAGAGGAGCCUCUCAAACUCUCUCAGGACAGCAGCUCUCCAGAUCCCACCCCUGACUCUGAGACCAACCUGGGCGACCACGAGUACAGCACUGGAACGAGCAAGACCGCCGGCAGCUCGCAACCCAUGGCCCCCGGAGUCUUCCUCAGCCAGCGACGGCCUUCAUCAUCAUCGUCAUCUCAGAACACCUCAUCUGUCCCGCCAGCAAAAGUCGAACGUGGGAACUCGACAGACGCCAAAGGUGAUUUUGGUGAUGAGUAUCGAUUCAUGUUUAAGCCAAGCGGCUAAAGAAAGGAAUGGCAACGGCCAAACAGAGACUUGGAAAAAUCUUAAAGAUUCAUCGUAACGGCAAGCUCCUGCUGUAACAUGGACAAUGGGUGACUCAGACUUUCUCCUGAUGUUUAUGGACCCGUGGACUGAUCCCUCCCUCCCUCCCUCGACGAGCCCGGGAUGAGAGCAUAAGGACUGAAACGGACGGGAUCGCGAACAGGAUCCCACAAGUUUUCAAUUUCUAAGAAGAACAUAGUUCAGAUAGGUUUUUGCCUCUUCUUUUACUUUAUAACUUUCAGAUAUUAAAAAUGUACAGAAUACCUGCUCUUAAUAUUUUGUAAGAAGAAUUUGUCUUGUUUUACUACGGCUAUCAGUUUAUCAGGGGUUGCUAAUAUAUUAUAAGAUACAGUACAUAGCAGUCAUUCCAAGAUAAAGAAAGUAUCCCUUGCAUGUAUUCCAGUUGCAUGCAUUGUUUUGAUGAGGGGAAAGGGUUGGUGGAAGGUUGCAAACAAGAAAUUCAUUUUUGCUUUUUGGAUGUGGCUUAUCAUUGUCUUUUUUUGAUUUUUUUUUAACAAGUAUUACUGAAGACAUGACGAUUUUCACAGUAACCGUUGGGUGAUUUUAAUAUCCCCCAUUUGGAAUUUACUUUCCUUAAUCCUUAAGCAAAAAAAGCAUUUUUAUACGCAUAACCUACAUGGGACAACUGAAAAAGUACUUUUCUGUUUGCUAAGCACUAUCGCAGAUAAUAUUUAUUGACCUAAUAUAAUUGUACAUGUCAUAGGUAGUUUGAAGCCCUAAGGCACUUACAAAACUUCAGUGAAGCACAAAUAUGAACUCAUAUUUUUAGUAACAUUGUAUAUCUUCACAGCUAUCUUUUUUUUUCUUUUUUUCUACAAAUAUAGGGAAAAAAAGAGUUUUUUGUGGGGAAAAUUUUGACAAAUCGCUGAACAUGCAUAUCGAUAACAAACCAUAUUUUCACUAAAUUACAUGGUUGAAAUAUCUUAUUUUCCCCUGUUGGUUUAGCAAAUCAUCGUAUCACAUGAAAUAAAAUGAAUUGUUAGCACGUCUUUUAAAAUGUUAUUUAUAUAUUUUUGUUGUUUUUAGACAUUGAUACUACAAUCAGUUUUAUGUCAUACUGUUUUUUUUGUUUUUUUUUAUUGUUUGACAACGUAGCUCUUAUUACGGUUACAAAACACUCGCCAAAAACAACGAAACACUACAUGAAUGGGAUCUCUAGCACUGAUGAUAAGCCUCAUCCAUGACAUUUCACUACAUGGGGAUACUUUCUCUCUUCUGUUUGUUUCACAGGCAGCACCAAUUACCCUAGAAUGAAAUAUGCAUUUAUAUUGCUUCACAGAACAGUAUGUAGAAUGUAGCCUGUAUAUAGCUUUUUAAAUGACUACUUUUUGUAUCCUUUUUUCCUUAAUACUUCAUUAUACAUUUUUACUAGUUUUUGCUAAUUACAGACAAAAAUAUAUAUAAAGAUAUAGAAAUAGUCAUUACCUUUUCAAUUUUUUGUUAGAUACACAAUAGCUGAACUUUUUUUAACCAUUGUUUUGUUUUCAUUUCGUUCUGUUACGUUAGACAAAAGGUGUUGCCUGGAGAACAAAAUAAACAUUGUAACAUUUAUUCUCAUAUGGCCUUACAUGCAGAAAACCAUGUGUAUUAUGAUUCAUUUAUGAUGGGGGAGAAGGAAAAAAUCAACAACAUUUCUACAACCAGCCUGACAUUUGAGCUAAAAUACCCCUGAUGGAUUUUAAAGUUAUUUUACUAGCACCUUGUGAAGUGUUUUCUGUGUCAGUGAUGUAAUUUAUUAAUGUUUGUAGCCUUUUAUACUUGUAUAAUUCUUAAGAGGUUUUGUUUUAAAUAUUUUAUCAGUCUGUGAGCCCCUUAGGACACUUUUAUCAUUAACAUUGGGCAAUAGUUCCUUCUUUUUUUAUUUUUUUUUGUCUUAGCAAAACCACGUCUUUAUUGUUUUCAUCAAAUCAAGUGCAACUGCUCAUCAAUACAAAAUGUUACAUUAUUAUUGUUAUUAUUAUUAUUAUUAAGCAGCUAUUUUCAUCAUGCCAUGAGUUUUAUUUUGGUAAUAGAGUAUGUACAUUCUUAACCAGGUUUACUGUGCUCAUAAAUUGCAGUGUUUUAGUUACCGAUGUAAAUCUUGUAUCCACCUUUCCGAUUCGAAACACUCAGAAUCUUUGUCAAUGGAACUAUUUCAGGUUUUUAUUUGUACAAAAUGUGUGUUGCUUUGUUGUGGUUUAUUUUUAUAUGUUCAAACAAUUAAAUGCAUCCACUGUUUCAUGGCAGUGAAUGAUACUUU